ACCGUCACACACAUUAAACGAACAGUAGCACAACAACACUAUGCGAAAGAUGCGGAUCAAAAAGAUUUGGUUGACUGUUACGGUUUUCCUUUCACUGCAGAUCGCGCUUGCAGAUGAUGUUGACGUGGUCAAAGCCAUCAGUGGCACAGAAGAGAUAUCCGAACAUGACAAUGAAGUCGAUCAGGUGGCGUUGGAAUCGGAAUCGGAACCACAACAACCGCCAAAAGUGCUAUACCAGCACAACAUACAGCAGCAACAACCGGGACCGGCACGAAGUAAAUUACCGCCAAUCUUAAAAACUAUGUCAUCUUAUUUAUUAUACGUUUCCCUCUCCUCCACUUUAGGCAACCAUCAGAGCAUUCCCUUGAGUCUUGGACAACCCUUCGGUCCACCACCACCACCCGCUCAACUAGCCUACCAGGGUCCACCGCCGCCAUUGCCACCACAACGGCCACCGCCACAGCAAGUGCAUGCGCCACAAGUGCUGCCCGAUUUGAGUGUUGGCGCAUCGAGCAACAACGAAAUUUGGUCUUCACCAGUGCAGGAUAUGCCAAAGAUUAUCUCGUUGGAUGUGAAGUGCGAAAAGAAUGGCAUGAAAGUUUUUGUGAAAUUCGAUAAACCUUUCUACGGCAUUGUUUUCUCGAAGGGACACUACAGCAACAUGAAUUGCGUGCAUUUACCCUCUGGAUUGGGACGCACAUCGGCCACAUUCGAUAUUGGACUGCAUGAGUGCGGCACUUCGGGCAACACAGAAAACGGCUUGUAUGGCUAUGGGCAUGAGUCGGGUUCGGGCACCUAUUUCGAAAAUAUCAUCGUCAUACAGUAUGAUCCACAAGUGCAGGAGGUGUGGGAUCAAGCGCGCAAGUUACGUUGCACUUGGCACGAUCAAUACGAGAAAAGCGUAACAUUCCGCCCGUUCCCCGUCGAUAUGUUGGAUGUGGUGCGCGCAGACUUUGCAGGUGACAAUGUGGGUUGUUGGAUGCAGAUACAGGUUGGCAAGGGACCAUGGGCUUCCGAGGUGUCGGGAUUGGUGAAGAUCGGCCAAACGAUGACAAUGGUGUUGGCUAUCAAGGACGACGACUCUAAGUUCGAUAUGCUUGUACGUAACUGUGUAGCGCACGAUGGCAAGCGUGCACCCAUACAAUUGGUAGAUCAACGCGGUUGCGUCACGCGACCAAAGCUUAUGUCACGAUUUACGAAAAUCAAAAAUUUCGGCGCCUCCGCUUCGGUACUCUCGUACGCGCACUUCCAAGCAUUCAAGUUCCCCGAUUCAAUGGAAGUACAUUUCCAGUGCACAAUACAAAUCUGUCGUUAUCAGUGUCCCGAUCAAUGCUCUGAUCCCAAUUUGCAAGAAGUUCAUCACUUACAAGUUGGUCCGGAGUCGCAAUAUGGACCACCACCACCGCAAUUGCACGUUGACACCUACCAUGUGAGCAGCGGUAUUGGAAAGCGACGUGAUGAGCGACGCGUCCAACGUCGUACGCGUGCCGUCGAUCCAGAGCAGGAAGUUGGACUUAAUCGUAUUAUCAAAGUCGUCUCGUCGGGUGACCUCACCUUCGCCAUUGACGAUCAGAUGAACGGCACAACAGCGGCCACACCGCAAACGAUGGUAUUUCCAGCGCGCGAAGACGGACUCAUCUGCAUGACGACGCCCGGUUUCGCGAUCACACUGAUCAUACUGCUCGGUAUUCUAAUAACAUCCUGUCUAAUAUCAGCUGUGCUGUAUGUGCGCUUGCGGCCAUUCUCCACAUUCAGCCAUUCGGAGAAGGAACGUGCGGUGGCCUACACAAAUCCGCAAUUGACUGGCGCUUUGCCGGUCAUUCAAAUACCAGGACCACCGCCAACUGUUGCCCACACUGGUACACUCACCAAAUCCCGAACGCACACAUGAACAUUGAAACGGAGAAUAUAAACAUUACGACGAUUACGAAUUGGACUCGGUAU